ACCAUAACUUUGUCCCCAAGAAAAACCAGAUCUUUGCCCCUUUAAAAACUCAUCCUAACACCUCCCCAAUCUUCACCCACCUCCCCCUACAGUAAAAAAUCCAAAAAUACCAACUAAAUCCAAUGACACCCCGACCCUCCGCCGCCGGCCGACUGCUGGGUCCGCCGGAGAUCCACCUCACCGAGAAUGCCUCUCCAACUUUUCUUUCCACCGGAAAUCCCCUCCUCGAUUUCUUCUUCCACGUCGUUCCCGACACUCCGGCGGAAACCCUGAGAUCCCUCCUCUCCGCCGCCUGGGAUCACGAUCCCCUCGCCACAUUGAAGCUCGUCCUCCAUCUCCGCGGCGUUCGCGGCACCGGCAAGUCUGAUCGCGAGAGUUUCUACACCUCAGCUCUCUGGCUCCACCUUCACCACCCCAAAACCCUAGCCCUCAAUCUCCCCUCCAUUGCCGAAUUCGGCUAUUUCAAGGAUCUCCCGGAGAUCCUCCACCGUCUAAUCGACGGGCCCGACACUCGCAAGCUCGCUCCCGGUGCACGCGCCAGCCGUCGCACGACUCGCCGCGGCCGGAAUAAGAGGUCUCGCCAUGUAAACAGGAGGAAGAAAAUGGGGACGAAGGAGGAGCGUCUCGCCGCAGAGCUCGCCCGGGUGAAGCUCGAAGUAGAUACCGCAGGGGCUCUGAGAAGGAAGAAGAGGCGCGACAUGGCGAUCCGCGCCGUCGAUCGAUAUAACCGAGAUCCGAACUACAGUUUCCUCCACGAUCGCGUUUCCGACCACUUCGCCGCCAUGAUCGCCGCCGAUAUUUCUCAUCUCAGCGCCGGCGAGCUCGGCAAGCUUUCCCUCGCCGCCAAAUGGUGCCCUUCUCUCGACUCCUGCUUCGAUCGCUCCACUCUUUUGUGCGAAAGCAUCGCCCGUCGUCUCUUUCCCCGAGAAUCCGACCCCGAUCUCGCCGCCGCCGAUGACGACGCCCACUACGCCUACCGCGUCCGCGAUCGCCUCCGGCGAGCCCUCGUCCCCCUCCGCCGCGCGCUGCAAAUCCCCGAAGUUUACAUGAGCGCCGGCCAGUGGGAAUCCCUUCCCUACUCCCGCGUCCCCUCCGUCGCCAUGAAGAACUACAAAGACAUAUUCAAGGACCACGACAAAACCAGAUUCGAAGAGUUCCUAUCCAAAGUAAAACAAGGCGCAGCCAAAAUAGCAGCCGGCGCGCUCCUCCCGCACGAAAUCAUAGCUGCGGUCGCCUCCGGCGAGGACGACGAGGUUGCAGAGCUUCAGUGGCAACGCAUGGUGGCGGACAUGGCCACAAAAGGCCGGCUACAAAACUGCAUCGCCGUCUGCGAUGUAUCCGGAAGCAUGGGCGGAAUCCCCAUGGAAGUCUGCGUUGCACUGGGCCUACUCGUCUCCGAGCUGAGCGAAGAGCCAUGGAAAGGGAGGUUGAUCAUAUUUUCCGAUUGCCCGAGUCUUCAAAUUAUUCGGGGGACGACGCUUAAAGAGAAAACGGAGUUUAUAAGAAGGAUGCCAUGGGGGAUGAACACUGAUUUUCAGAAAGUGUUUGAUAACUUGCUUGAGGUGGCGAUCGAAGGGAAGCUGCCCCCGGAGAGAAUGAUUAAGAGGAUUUUUGUGUUCAGCGAUAUGGAGUUCGAUGCGGCGGGUGGAAGUGAGUGGGAGACGGAUUACGAGGUGAUUUGCAGGAAGUUUAAGGAGAGGGGAUACGAAUCAGCGGUGCCGGAGAUUGUGUUUUGGAACUUGAGGAGCUCGCAGUCGACGCCGGUGACGGCGAGGAAGAAGGGAGUGGCGAUGGUGAGCGGAUUCUCGAAGAAUUUGAUGAAGCUUUUCUUGGAAGGGAGCGGGGAGAUUAAUCCGAUGGAUGUGAUGGAAUCGGCCAUUGCCGGCGAGGAGUAUAAGAAGCUCAAGGUUUUUGAUUGAUGGGACGAUGUCGAUGAGUGAGUUGAUACAGUGAUUGUAAACGAAAGUAUCAGAGUUUUGAAGGAAAUUUCGCUGAUUUUUAUUUGUCUUUUUUUCUGUGUCUUUCAGUCGGCGUGUGGUUCUGUUUGGAAUUGAAGGUAUAUAUGAGAUAACUGUUCUUUCGGAGGAAAUAUUGCGCAAUAAAUCAGCAUGGAGCUCAUCGUGACUGAUGUAAUAUUUUCUCAAGAAAUUAUUAUUUCAAUAUGGGGCAUGCUAAAACAUUUGUGAGAAGUAGAUAGAGGCUUAAAAGAGCUUCGAGCUCAAAAAUUAUGUUCGUGUUCGAUUUUUUUGUUUAGAGA